AUGACGUUUUUUAAAUUACUUCUGGUACUUUCACUGGUCAAUCAGUUGUCAGGUGCUCUCACAAAAUUCUUCUAUCAUCCUUGUGAUGGUGAGUGCCGCUCGGGAAGCAGGACAGAUCAGAAUUUGACCCUCCAGAAGUGGUCGAAGUUACAAGGAAAAUGCUCCUAUUCUUCUCUCGUGCAGUGCGAUCCUCAUGCCGAGGUUUCCACUGAGCAGGCUACAACUCGCCUGCUGACGUUUCAGGCUUUUCUUGUCAGAUAUGCUCAUUUUGAAGAACUUGUUUCGACAACGUUGGGAAUCGAGCACGGUAAUAAAUGCGGUCGACCCUGCGUUACAGGACGAUUCCGUUCAGUGUUUUCCGUGGUGUUAUUAAUCUUAUUUUCCAUUUCAGCCACCUCUUUGUCCAUGGGGAAAGGUUUAUGGAUAUUGUUCUACCUGCCAGACUGCGGCGAUCGGCGCCUCGCAAACUAUGAUUGCAAGCGCGUCGUCGUGACUGUGGAUAUGUCCCUCUUCCUUAAUCGUCUCAGUUUUCCCCUGCGUGGCGAGUUCUAG